AAGUCAGACGCUUAACUAAUGGAGCCACCCAGGAGCCCCAGCAUUUAGUUUUUUUAAAGGCAGAUUCCUAGAUUUUACCUCCAAAGAAAAGAUUGCCUUAUAAAGUUUUUAUUUUUAUUUAUUUAUUUUGAGUGGGGAGGGGCAGAGAGGGAGAGAGAAUCCCAAGCAGACUCCGUACUGUCCGUUUAGAGCCCGACAGAGGGCUCGAACUCACAAACCUUGUGAUCAUGACCUCAGCCAAAAUCGUGAACCAGGUGUUUAACCAACUGGGCCACCUAGGCGCCCCAGAAGGUUGCCUUAUAAAUUACAAAUAAUCUUAUGUAACUCUAGAAAGGAUAAUAAAAACCUCAAAUCAUAUAAUAAAAGUGUUACAUAUUUAAAUUCCUAUUUUCCAGAACAAAAAAUUUUACCUUUGAAAUUUAGAUGUGGCAAUCUACAUCAGUGUCUCCAAAUCUGCUUGGCAUCUCAGUACUUGUCACACUUGGUAAUGCAUUUUUUUUCGUGAUUAUCAUUAGAUAAUGAUAUCUAAGGUCAGGAGGGCAAAUACAUUUCCACACUAGUCUGUCCACAAAUUAAGCAAUACUAUCACUUUCAACACCACCAUCUAGUGGCAAACACAGCUAUUACGGUGCCAGUUUCACAGAGUGUAUAUAGCUUAAUUGUUCUCAAACUUGUUUCUGCAGACACACAGAUUAACAGCAUUUCCCCUGGAAACAGAUAAAUGGCAUUCUUUUCCAAAUUUUCAUGGACAGACGACAGAAGAAUAUUUAUGAAUGUGAUCAAUUUUAAAGUGUGUGUGUGCGUGUGUGUGUUUUCAACCACAACCUUCUCUGUCAAUCUCUGGCUCCUGCUGGUUAUUUUCUGCUAGUGAUCUAUUACUCCAUAACAAAUAAAAAGGUUUAGCGACAGCUUUUCAUGGUUGUGCGUUUAAAAUCUGUGGAUUUGCAUGCUUUUGAAUAUUUUAUAUUGCAAGCCAUUUAUUCUCCCCACCACAAACAGGAUAAAAAGCCCAUAUACAGAAUUACAUAUAAAGAGAAACUUGAUAUAGGUGAGAGAUGACGUUACAAGUAAGUAGGUAAAAGGAUAGUAUCGUUACAAGGAUAACUGGUCAUCGCAUGGGAUGAAAAUACGAUUCUAUUUGGCCCUUUUCAGAGCUGUCCAGAAACAAAGAUUACAAUCUCUUCUAUGUACAUGGCAUAUUGACCCUCAAUUUCAUUCUCGCUUCAAUUCCCGCAAAGUAUGGAGCACACAAAAAACUCCCCACUUACCCCCUAUUCCAGUGUGAGGCUCCCCAUCCAUUAGACUUUAAAUAAGGUUUACUUGGGGUUCCUUGCUGACAAUACAUCGUUUUUACUGUGGAAAAAUGGAAUAUACAUAAGUAUAAAUAAUCAUCUGUGUAUUCCUACCACGCAAGAAUUUCUAACAUUUCCCAACAUCCGAUAAUUAUGCUAAUGUGGUAACUGCAUAUAUCCAUCCUUUUUCUUUAAAAAUUCGAGAGAGACAUCUUAGUGCAUAAAUCGUCAUCGAAUGUCCCCACUGGCAAGCAAUGGAACGCGGACUCGCUGACUGGCGGGGAAUCGCAGCGGAUCCGCUAAAGUCAACGGAGGCCGGGACCCGGGAAAGGAACAGAGGCCGGGUAAUGGCUUCAGCGCUCCAACCGUAACCUUAACAGGGGCCGCCAGCGCCACCCGCAGUGAGCGCGCCUCCCUCUCCGCGCAUGCGCCAGGCCCUGAGUCCGCACCACCUCGCCAGCGCGGCUUCUGCGCAGGCACCAAGUUCGGACACAGGAAGCGGAAAGUCUGCCGAGUUGGGUCGGCACCUCAGUGAAAAGUAGCCAUGCGCGUCUUGGAGGAGACAGGGCCUGAGGCCACAGCGACCCCGUGCGGGUGCGUGAAGCCGGCUUUGGAAACAGGGAAUCUUUUAACUGAGCCAGUUGGCUACUUGGAAUCCUGUUUCUCAGCCAAGAAUGGUACUCCAAGGCAGCCAUCUGUUUGUAGCCAUUCGCGAGCUUGUUUGAGAAUUCGGAAGAGCAUCUUUAAUAAUCCUGAACAUUCCUUGAUGGGCUUAGAACAGUUUUCUCAUGUUUGGAUUUUAUUUGUUUUUCACAAAAAUGGUCAUUUGAGCUAUAAGGCAAAAGUGCAGCCUCCUAGGCUGAAUGGUGCAAAGACUGGAGUUUUCUCCACAAGGAGCCCUCAUCGUCCCAAUGCAAUAGGAUUGACUCUGGCCAAGCUGGAAAAGGUAGAAGGUGGAGCCAUAUACCUUUCUGGAAUUGACAUGAUUCAUGGCACACCUGUCCUAGACAUAAAGCCCUACAUAGCUGAGUAUGACUCACCAAAAAAUUUGAUUGAACGUUUACAGGACUUUAAUUUACAGAAUAACCAAUAUAAGCACCCAAACAUGCCCCGGUCCGGUGGCAAGACUGACAGCUGUGACCAGCAACAGCUCUCAAGAUAUGAUGAACCACAACACUAUGGUCACACUGAGGAGAAACUUAAAUGUGCCGAAGACAGAACUUCAGGAGAAAACUAUAUGAAACGUGACAGCUCAACACAAAUCUGGCGAAACUCCCCUAAGCACAGGGAGAUAGUGGGAGAUUUGGGUGUCAAAUCCAGAAGUGAUCAGAGUCCAAGUGUGGCAGAAGAGCAAAUCGGCCCAUAUUUCCUGGAGAAGAGCUUCUCAGAGGAAGGUACAGAAAGGAGGCAAAGGAGAGGGAAAGAAGCAGUGAUUGCACAAGGAAGUAGUACAGAGGUCCAGCCUGUGGUCCUUCACGGCCGUCCCAGGAGGGCUGAUGCAGCCCACUGCAGCGUGGUCCCUGCGUGGGUGAGAGAGGCCCCUGUGGCCACCUUGGAAGUGCGGUUUACUCCUCACGCAGAGAUGGAUCUUGAGCACCUCAGUUCAGGAGGUGUACCAGAUGGCAGUCAGUCUUCAUUUAAAUAUUUUCAAUCAGCAGAGGAAGCAAGGCACGCCAUUGAGGCUGUGCUGUCAGCUGACCCUCGGUCUGUAUAUCGACGGAAGCUCUGCCAGGAUCGCCUUUUCUACUUUACUGUAGACAUAGCGCAUGUCACUUGCUGGUUUGGUGAUGGCUUUGCAGAGGUUCUAAGGAUCAAGCCAGCUUCGGAGCCUAUUCAAAUGACUGACCCUACAGAGUCCUUGGUGUCUCUGGGAUCGUAAGUAGCCUCUAUCGUGUGUUUUAAACAGCCUAAUUGACUUUGGAUGGGGCUGUUGGAUUAUCUGUAUAAGCUAACGAUGUGCCGCCUUUGCAAAAAGAAGCAACACUUUGUGAUCUUAUUGCUUUGAUUGAUUUGGGUUGUUCAAAAUAUUUAUUUGAAAAACCUAUAUUUUAAUAAAGUGAGAGAUGUAACAUUUA